UGUCUUUUAUUAUGGGUGCUGACAUUAUGACUCGCCUUUUCUGUUCUGCACCAACCAGAACUUCAAAACUCUUUUUCCACUCUUUGUAAACUUUGUAUCUUUCAAUUAAAGUAAAGCCAAAAGCAUAACGGACCCUUUCCCACUUUGCUUCUUUAUUGCAUUUUCAAGUUUCCUCCUUUCCGAAUCUAAAGCCUCCAAGCCCACGGCUAACCCUCUAAAUUACUCUGCUUAUGGCAGACAGCUCCAGAUCUCCCACAAAACGCACAAGACUGAGUAAAAACAACGUCGUCGGCCAUGGGCAUCAGCCCCUCCUUCCCGGGCUGCCCGACGACAUAGCCCAAGUCUGCCUCUCCCUUGUCCACCCUUCCGUUUUGUUCUCCGUUUGCAGCUCAUGGCGUCGCCUUAUUUACUCCUCCUCCUUCCCUCCUUUCCUCUCUUUGUAUGCUCUCUUGACCUCCUCAUCUUCCCCCAAUUCCAUCCAAUUCUACAGCUUUGACCCGCUCUCAUCCAACUGGCACGCCCUUCCCGCCACUCCCCCGGACCCACCUCUCCGCCUCUUCCUCCGCCACCCUUCUUUCAUCUCCCGCAACCUCCCCAUCCAAUCCGUCUCCGUCUCCGGCAACCUCGUCCUCGUCGCCGCCAGCACUAGCAAUCUUCUCCCGGCUCUCCCUCGCCCUCUGGUUUUCGACCCAGUUGCUAAAAAAUGGGCCUUUGGUCCCCCACUUGCGACGCCGCGUCGCUGGUGCGCGGCUGGAGCGCUAGGCGGCGCAGUCUAUGUGGCCAGUGGGAUUGGGUCCCACUUCUCCAUCGACGUUGCGCGUUCUGUGGGGAAGUGGGACUUAACCAAAAUCAAAAAGCAUCCGAAUGAUCACUUGGGAUGGAAGUGGGAGAAAGCUAGAGGGCUUAGAGAUGGGAGAUUCAGCAGAGACGCGAUCGAGGCAGUGGGAUGGAGAGGGAAGCUCUGCAUGGUGAAUCUCAAAGGGGACGCCGUGAAAGAGGGACUUAUGUACGAUGUGGAGAAGGACACGUGGCAAGACAUGCCGGAAGGGAUGAUUGGAGGGUGGAGAGGACCGGUGGCAGCCAUGGAUGAGGAAGUUAUGUACGUAGUGGAUGAGGCCAAGGGUGCCUUGAGAAGAUACGAUCCUGAGAAGGAUGUGUGGGUGGAGAUUUUGGAGUCGGAGAGGCUGAUAGGGGCCGAUCAGAUCGCCUGCGGUGGCGGAAGAGUGUGCAUUGUUUGUCGUGGCAAGAUUUUAGUGGUGGAUGUUACGGCGCCGCCGCCGAGCAUUUGGGAUGUGAAAACGCCGUUGGGACUGGAAGCGGUGGCCAUUCAUAUCUUGCCCAGAAUGAGCCACGUUGUUUGAUUUUUUUAUUAUUUUUGUAUCAAUUCAUUUGAUCA